AUGGCUCGCUUCUUUGGUUUAACGAAUAUCAAGUUUUUACUGCUGUUAGCGUGUUUGAUUCUUACUUAUGAUGUGGCAAUACUAGUCGAAGGAAGAAUGGCUAUGGGUAGCAUGUCAUCAGAAGAAGAGGAUUUAGAUUUGAAGGCACAACUCAAUAGUCUAAAUAAACCUCCCGUCAAAACAAUACAAACUUCUUGGGGUGAUUUAUAUGAUUGCAUUGAAUUCCAUAAGCAGCCUGCUUUUGACCAUCCAUUGCUGAAGAAGUAUAAGAACUCGACGAGGGAGAUGAUUGUGUCCAAAAAAUCAGAUACAAUGCCGAUGAGCGGAGUUGAUGGGUGUCCAAAAGGAACUGUCCCAAUUCGCAGGACAUCUAAGGAAGAUCUCAUCAGAGCCAAAUCUCUAAGUGUUUCAUCACCAUUAUCCUCAUCAAAUUCUCGGCCGGGUGUUGAAUAUAGAGCAGUUGUAACUUAUCUGAAAAUUGGAGAAGCAUUUAACGGCGCCAGAGGAAUAGUUAGCGUAUGGAAUCCCAAAGUAAAUCAAGACCAGUUUAGUUCGGCAGAGAUGGCACUUAAAUCCGGACCACAGGAACAGACCAGUGCAAUCAAAUUUGGAUGGACUGUCAAUCCACAAUUAUAUGGUGAUAAUAUGACUCGAACUUUUGCAUACUGGACUGGCGAUGGUGGUCACAGGACAGGUUGCUACAAUACUCUUUGCAAAGGUUUUGUUCAAGUUCAUCAAACGUAG